AUGGCCACACCACGAGGUGCACAAAUCGCUGCUCGCCUCCUGGGUCGAGGGACCAGGUCUCUGGGCACUCGUUCCUCGAAUUCGAUUACUCGUACUCGGCCAGCACUCAAAGAGAAGAGAUCGGUUGAAAGCCCUCUCCUCCUCAGCAAUGCUUCUCUACACACCCACACCACACGCAAAGCCCAAGCGGCGGCCGUGGUGGAGACAGACACACUCGACUCGACCAGUGAUUCUAGCAGCAACCCGGCCAUGUCCUUCCCGUGCCUCGACGCCCAAGAACAAAAGACACUGGCGCUCCAGCGGAAAUCCCACGAGACGGGACCCGAGCCCUCCUACACGACAGGCAAACACCUCGUCUUCCAGAGCCGCGAGCCCUUUCUCCUCGACUGGGGCGGCGUGCUCCCUGAAUUCGACAUCGCAUACGAGACGUGGGGCAGCUUGAACGCCACCAAGAGCAACGCCAUCCUGCUACACACCGGCCUCUCGGCCUCGAGUCACGCCCACAGCACGGCCACCAACCCCAAACCCGGGUGGUGGGAGAAAUUCAUCGGGCCAGGACGACCGGUCGACACGGAUCGGCAUUUCGUCAUCUGCACCAACGUGGUGGGCGGCUGCUACGGCUCGACGGGCCCGGCGUCGCUCGACCCCUCGGACGGCCAGCGCUAUGCCACGCGCUUCCCCAUCCUGACCAUGGACGACAUGGUGCGGGCACAGUCCCGUCUCCUCGACCACCUCGGGAUCGACAAGCUGUACGCCAGCGUUGGGGCCAGCAUGGGCGGGAUGCAGAGCCUGGCGUUCGGCGUGCACUUCCCGGAGCGGGUGGGCAAGAUCGUCAGCAUCUCCGGGUGUGCACGCAGCCACCCGUACAGCAUCGCGAUGCGGCACACGCAGCGGCAGGUGCUGAUGAUGGACCCCAAGUGGAACCGCGGCUUCUACUACGACGGCAUCCCGCCGCACUCGGGCAUGAAGCUGGCACGCGAGAUCGCCACCGUCACCUACCGUAGCGGCCCCGAGUGGGAGAACCGCUUCGGGCGCCGCCGCGCCGACCCCAGCAAGCAGCCGGCCCUGUGUCCGGAUUUCCUGAUCGAGACGUAUCUCGACCACGCGGGCGAGAAGUUCUCGCUCGAAUACGACCCCAACUCGCUGCUGUAUGUCUCCAAGGCGAUGGAUUUGUUCGAUUUGGGACACGAGCAUCAGGAGCGUACGCGGGUUCGGAGAGAGCAGAAUCAGGACAAGGUGACGCGUGGGAAGCGACAGGGAGGGGACGUGCAGAAUGAUGCGUCGUGUAGUCUCACGCUGCCGGCGAGGAAAUACGAGGAGCAGAGCAGUUCGGCGCCGAUGGACGAGGCGGUCGACAAUGGGUCACUGCAGGGUCCGCCACGAGACCUGAUUCAGGGUCUCGCACCGUUGAGGUCUCAUCCGGUGCUGGUUCUGGGCGUGGCGAGUGAUAUUCUGUUUCCGGCGUGGCAGCAACGGGAGAUUGCUGAUACUCUACGGGCUACAGGCAACAAACAGGUCACGCAUGUGGAAUUGGGCGAAGAUCUCAGUCUGUUUGGCCAUGAUACCUUCUUGCUCGAUCUGGAGCACGUGGGGGGCAACGUGGGCAAGUUUCUGCAGUAG